AUGCCCCAGACUCGUAGCGCCGUAAGAUGUGCUGCUAAAGCGGUUCUCCUGCCUAAGGGGCCAGACAAUACAGGAAUCAAGAGACCUGCAGACAGCAUCCAAGCCCAUGACGAGAUACGCCAGAUCAAGCGCGCAAAGAAAAGAGCCCAAGACCCCGUUUCGACGGUACAAGACAACAUGGUGGUUCUCCCUCACGGCCUCGGUACCGUUCAGCUACCGGCAACACUCGAAGAUGAUGACCAGAAAGAGUUACCAAGCAGCCUGAGUGUCGUCACAACACCUAAAAAGAAAAUGACAUUGGAGGAGCUUAAGAAGGCGGCAAGACCUCGGGGCAUGCCCAAAAUGACGCCCGAAAACAAGUACCGACUGAUGCCUGGAGCUACUCCGUUCCCUGACUGGUCCGGACCCACCGCGGAGGAAUGUCAAACAGUCUACGACAUUCUGGUCAAGGAGUACGAAGAAAAGCAGAAAGCUCGACAGGAGGAAGACAAACAAAGCGGAGGAGAAAGCGCAGAGGAAAAAACAACCGUAGAACGCAAGAAGUACACGCCGCUCAGCUUCAAACCUCCGGCCAAGAUCCAGCCACCUUCUACUACCGUCGCUGGGUGUGGAGAAGUGCCUGAUCUGGUUGAUGCUAUGAUGAGAACUCUCAUCAGUCAAUCGGUGACGCGGGAGAGUGCCAACAAGGUCGUGGAAAACAUCAUCGCUCGAUUCGGCCAAGGUAACUGCCAAGAGAUCAACAGCAUCGAUUGGAGCGCAGUACGCUUGGCACCCCCCGAUGAUGUUAUAAAGACGCUUCAGAAGGGCGGGCUGCAGAACAAGAAAUACGAAGCCAUCAAAGGAUGUCUCGACAUGAUUUACGAGGAGAACCAGGCCAGAAGAGCUGCGUACCUGAGGGAGAGAGAGACUGGAGAGGUUUCGGAAAUGCCAGGCACAGCAGAAAUGACGACAGGGCAAAAGGAACACCAGCUGAGCAAGAUCGAAGCUGGAGUUCUCACGUUGGACCAUAUUCGCGCCAUGCCAGCGAACGAAGCCAUGUUGGCAAUCACCAAACAUCCCCAGAUCGGAGUGAAGACGGCUGCCUGUCUCCUUCUUUUCUGCUUGCAGAUGCCCAGCUUUGCCGUGGACACGCACGUUCACCGCUUGUGCAAGUGGCUGUACUGGGUCCCCGGCACGGAAAAUGAGACCUACGUCCACAUGCAUUGCGAUGUUCGAGUACCAGAUCAUCUCAAGUAUGGUCUGCACCAGCUUUUCAUUGAGCAUGGGAGUGGAUGCCAUCGUUGCAAAGGCAACACCUCGAAGGGGACUGCGGAGUGGGACAAGACAGUUUGUCCACUGGAGCAUCUGCUGGACCGAUACACCAAGAAGGAGAGAAAGCCAAAGGCAGCAAAAACUGUCUCCAUCAAGAAGCAGAGAAGCGUAGCGCAAGACGUAUCAGUCGAUUCUGGUGAAACUUUCCAGGAGGAGGCAUCUCCAGCGACGAUUGAUAAGGAAGAAGAGAGCGACGACCCUGACUCAGAGAUGCAGUCCAGUGACGUGAAGUCAGGAGAGGCAGGCGAAGAGACGUCUGUAAGCGAGGUGAGCGAAGGCCCGACAUGCAUAGACAAAUUGGCCGAAGUCCAAAACAUAACUAUCAAGCAACUGUGA